GAGAGAGAGAGAGAGAGAGAGAGAGAGAGAGACUCCAAACUUAACUCAUCACAUCAGAAAAAAUGAAAACGCGGAGGGUCGCAAGGCAAACGCCGGAGAGGCCGCAGAGAGUCAAAAACUCGUUGAUCUGAUUAAUUCAGGAAUAUCUCUCAGCAGCGUGUGUAGCUUUGUGUUGUUCUGUUGUGCAGCGUUGAUCGAUUAUUGUAAUUCAGUAACACUUUUUUUUUUUGUAGCAAAUCAACGUUGUGCAAAAGCACGACUACAGCGCGAGACAUUUUAAAAAGCGUUCUUUUGCCUGUCAGACAAUUAAAAGUAAGGCGCAGAGAUACCUCCGAGUCUCUGCACGGGAUCAGCGCGAGCAUCUCUCCGGUUCCGGUGGAGGGGCGCAUGAGGGGCGAAGGGGGGCCGAAUCCGUUCCGUUUCUCUUGAAUCCGCCUCUCUCUCCGUUAUCCGCACGGUGAGAGUAUCCACGAGCUUUAGAGACUCUUCUUCCGUCCUCGGACCCUUUAAGGGAAACAGCAGCGAGGACCAAUCACCGAGCCAUCACGGCGGCUCCGGAGAAGAGGAAGCUGUUUACAGGAGCUCGGGUGCUAAUUAGGCUGAACAGAAUCUCCGCCACAACUCGGCCAGGAACCGGUUCGUGUGCGUCCAUGGAGCGCGCGGAGAAGCAAAGCGCGUCUGCCGUCGCCAUAUGUGCAUUUUGUACAGAGUUCUGAAAGUCUUUUCGCUUCCAAAAUCGACACUCUGUAACUUAUUUAUUCCUGACUCAACUUUUUGGUGGAGUAUUUUCCCCCCGAUCAACGGACUUCACGUUAACUGUGAGUGGCGGAAAUAAUUUUUUCCGGUUUUUAAGCACCAUGUUUCAGCCCACACCGAAGAGAUGUUUCACUAUAGAGUCUUUGGUAGCGAAGGAUAAUAAUCCUCCUCCUCCUGUUCUACCGACGUCCAGAUCCGAGGAGCACACGCGACCCGCGGCGGCGCUCAGCUACGCCGGUGCGAGCCACGUGAGCCCGUUUCUGAAUGGCUUUACCGCCGGCGCGAGGGGCGUCUACUCCAGCGCGGACCUUGUAUUCGCCGAGGCCAUGUCGCACGCGCCCAGCUCGGCCGUGCCCGUUCACCCGGUCGUUCCCGCUCCUGCUCCUCAUCCGCCUCCACCUCCGCCGCCGCACGCGCUCGCCGCUCACCACGCGCUUACCUCCUCGCACGGGCCGCACGCGCUCUUUGCCAGCCAGCAAAGGGACCCCGCAACUUUUUACCCGUGGUUAAUACACAGAUACAGAUACCUGGGGCACAGAUUUCAAGGAAACGAAACGAGUCCGGAGAGUUUCCUUUUGCACAACGCGCUCGCCAGGAAGCCGAAACGGAUCCGCACGGCGUUUUCUCCGUCGCAGCUGCUCCGGCUCGAGCACGCGUUUGAAAAAAACCACUACGUGGUGGGAGCAGAGCGGAAGCAGCUAGCACACAGCCUCAGCCUCACAGAAACUCAGGUCAAAGUUUGGUUUCAGAACAGAAGAACGAAAUUUAAGCGUCAGAAACUGGAGGAAGAAGGGUCGGACUCGCAGCAGAAAAAGAAAGGCACGCAUCACGUGAACCGGUGGCGGCUCGCGACAAAACAGGCGAGUCCCGAGGAAAUAGACGUCACGUCGGACGAUUAAAAAGAAACAAUCCAAAUAACUAACUAACUAAAUGAAAGACUCGAGGUGUUUUUGAAGCCUUGGAAAGCACGACGUGGAGUGAAAAGUGUGACAUGGAUAAAGGACGCCGUGAAAGACAAAGAAAGAAAGAGAGAGAGAGAAAGAGAGCAAAGCCAAUUUCUCUUCUUCGGAUCUCGGCAGCUCGAGGGUGAGAAAAAUCCUGCCGAUGUCACCACGAGGAAACUGUCAAUACUGUUUUCCACGUUGCCAAGGCAACAUGAUUGACAGGUAGUACAUGGCCACGCCCCCCGCCCCACCUCAUCAACUCACUUAAAAAAAAAAAAAAAAAAAAAAAAAAAAAAAAAACCCACACAACUUCUAAUGCGCAUAAGACAUUUGCACUUCUGAGAAUAUUUUUCUUCUCAACUACGAAAAUAUAUUUUUUUUUUUGCAAAACUUUAAUUGCAUGAUAAAGAGCAAUGAUUUUUUUUCUCCGGGGGGCGUACGUGCAUUUAAUUUAACCCUUCUUGCAAAGUAACUUUAUUCGGAUUCUCUUUUUUCAAUCUGGGGAAUGUCAUGUGUGUGUUUUCUGUUUUGUUUCUUUUCUUAAAAAAAAAACAAAAAGAACUGUGUGCAGUCUUUGAAUUUAUAAUUAUCGUGUCCAAGUGGUUGUGAAAACGAUAUGAAGUAGCAAUGCUGCGUCAAAGUGUUUUUUUUUUUAAACAAGUAAAAAAAAGUGAGAACAAUUACUCACAAUUAAAAAAAAAAAAAAAAAAAAAAAAAAAAGGUCAGUGACGUUGCUUGAUUUUUAUUAUUUUUUUAGCUUGACCAUGACGCCCUAUUUUUUGGUGAAAAUCUCUCACUCC